CUCUCUCUCUCAGGAAUUUACCCUAGACAAAGACCUGCAAGAAUUCUGCAUGUUCAUGUCUCUCUUUAUCUCUGCAUUCUUCUCCUUUUUCCAUCUGCAACGUUUCCAUUUUUAUAUGCGUUGCAUCCGUAGUGCAUCUCUCACUCCUUCUGUGUUUGCCUCCCUCUCCAUCACCCUCUCCUGGCCUACAGACAGGAAAUGAAGCAAAGCGACAGAAAUUAAGAACGGAAUGACUAGGUGGAUUAUUUCUCCCGAGUUUGUCAAUAAAAGAUGUAUCAGUAAAGAGAGACAGCUUGUCUGCUUAGACUGUAAAUUUCCCAAAUCAACUCUUGCUUCUUUUACCAGCCUGAGAUAAAAGAGCCGAUACGAGACGUCUGUCCAGACUCUCCGUGAUUGGCCGCCAGAAAGAAGGUCAUGGAAAAGCCGCCCUCUGAUUGGCUCUCAGGCUUCGGCUGUAUAGAUCGAUUGGUGCAGAGGGUCUUCUGUGGAGGCUUCUCGUGUUUGUGAGGGGGGAUUAGACCCCAAGAUUGGACACGGUCCCAGAGAAAUGCAGCUGUUUUGCAGAGAGAAAGAGAAAGGAGUGCAGACAUGAAACUAUGAAACAGUGAGAUACAGAGAGAAAGUCAGAAGGAGGACAGAGAAAGACUAUAAGACAGUGGAGUGGUAGUGGAGAGAGAGAGAGACAGUGAUGGAUAGAGCGAUUGAAAAAAGGGGAAAAUGCAGAGAGAGAAAGACAUGGGUGUGAAGCAGGGAGGCGUCAAAGAUAGAGAAAGAGAGAGGACUGUCUAAGACACAGAAAGAGAGAGAUAGAGUGAGGGAAAACAGGACUGGAUAGAGAGAGAAAGCAGAGAGAGACAAAGGACGAGUGUAGACAGAAACCGGAAGAGAAAGACAGAAGGAGGGGACAGAAAGAAAGAAACCAAGAGACCCAGAAAGAAUGUGCCUGGAGGAGUGAAGCAGGGAGACUAAGAGAUAGACAGUGAAGGACAUGGCUAGAUAUAUUAGGAGCAAAGUAAGGAGACAGACAGACAGACAGACAAGGAGGGAAGACCGACAGGAGCUGUGAGAGUGGGGGGGGGCAUGAGCAAAGAGACACAAAAAGUUACAGAAGCAACGAAGCAGGAAAGCAGAUAUGGACAAUCAGCGACAUGGAGAGAGACAGUAAAAGGAAAGUAGGGAGUGGGACAGAAAACUGGAGAGAGAAAUGCAGGCACAAAGUGUGAGACAAAGAAGGUAGGCUAGUGAGAGAGAGAGUGAGAGAAAGAGAAGUAGACAGACAGAAGUGGGCAUGGUGAGAGAAAGACAGACGUGAGAGUGAAUGAGUGAAGCUGAGAGACAGACGGAUAGAGGGAGAUAAAGGCAAGUGAGCAAGAGAGAUGUGAUAGACAGAGAAAGAGAGACAGACAGUUGUAGUGAAUGAGGAAUUCUCUCUCUCUCUCUCUCUCUCUCUCUCUCUCUGAGCCCUCCCACUCCUCUAGAGUGCAGUGUGUAGAGCUGAAGAUCAGCAGCGUGUCUUCUAACACCUCAGUGUGUCUCCAUGUCUCCAGCUGUGUCUCAUUCAUUUAGACACUACAUAUAUAUAUAUUUAUACACACACACACACACACACACACACACACACACUUCCUUACAGCUUUACACACCUUCUGAGCAACCAGGAUUGACUUUUGUUUAGUAUUUUUUUUAACUCUUUUUUUUUCCCCCCAUCAUGGAGUCCACUUUUUGGCUGAAGGCGAUCUCUGUUGGCGUUUCUACUAAAACCCACAACGGCUCUCCAGAUUUUUUCUCCUGAACGGAUCGACGUUGGGUUUUGUCUGUGAUAUUUUCAGCUUUGCGUCUCCUUUCAUGUGGACUUUUAUUGUAUUUUUUUUUAAAUGAAAAAGCAGCCGUUCAUUCUCCAAAGGGUCGGAGAGACGGGACAUGGACGUGUGAGUAGGUCCUGAGCGUAGCGUAGCAUAGUGAGUCGAGCACACGCAGAGACACAAGCUGGCGUGUGUUUUGGGUUUGAAGAGUGAACAUGGACAUGAUGACAGUGUGUUGGAGGGGACAGGAGGAGCAGGCUGCCAAAGCAAAGGCGGAAAAAAUCCGUGUGGCUCUGGAGAAAAUUAAAGAAGCACAGGUCAAAAAGCUGGUGAUCCGCGUGCACAUGUCGGACGAGAGCUCGAAGACGAUGAUGGUGGACGAGCGGCAGAGUGUAAGGCAGGUGCUGGACAGCCUGCUGGAUAAGUCCCACUGCGGAUACAGUCCUGACUGGGCUCUGGUGGAGACCAUCACCGAGCUACAGAUGGAGCGUAUUUUUGAGGACCAUGAGAACCUGGUGGAGAACCUGCUUAACUGGACCAGAGACAGCCAGAACAAGCUGAUGUUCAUCGAGCGUAUUGAGAAGUAUGCGCUCUUCAAGAACCCGCAGAACUACCUACUGGGAAAAAAGGAGACUUCUGAGAUGGCCGACAGAAACAAGGAGGCACUGCUGGAGGAGUGUUUCUGCGGUGGCUCUGUAUCAGUGCCAGAGAUUGAGGGAGUGCUCUGGCUGAAGGAUGAUGGGAAAAAGUCAUGGAAGAAGCGCUACUUCUUACUACGAGCGUCUGGCAUUUACUUUGUGCCUAAGGGCAAGGCCAAGGCCUCUAAAGACUUGGUGUGCUUCCUGCAACUGGAUCAUGUAAAUGUUUAUUACGGACAAGACUACCGGAGCAAGUAUAAAGCUCCCACUGACUACUGCCUCGCCCUCAAGCACCCUCAGAUUCAGAAGAAGUCUCAGUACAUCAAGUAUCUGUGCUGCGAUGAUGUCAGAACCCUGCACCAAUGGGUCAACGGCAUCCGCAUUGCCAAGUAUGGGAAGCAGCUGUACCUGAACUAUCAGGAGGCUAUGAAACGCACUGAGGCCGCUUACGACUGGUCUUCUCUAUCCAGCUCCAGCAUCAAGUCUGGCACCAGCUCAGUCAGCAACCCUGAGUCACAAUCCAACCACUCCAGUCAGACGGACAGCGGGGUGUCAGAUGGCACCUCGUCCACACAUGCGCGCUCACAGAGUGUCGUCAGCUCCAUCUUCUCCGAGGCCUGGAAGAGAGGCACACAGAUGGAGGAGAGUACCAGAACGAGACCAGAGUCAACGCGUUCAAGCCAUUCUAUCCACAGUGUCCAUAGUGGCCACUCCAGCCAUGCACACUAUAACACUCUUCAUUUGGCGCAGCAGCAGCAUACAGCUGCCUCAGUGCAUUUGCAGCAGCAUGUGCAGCCUCAGUCAAAUUCAGUGCCACACCCACAUGCACAGUCAGCCUUGCAACCUCGUAGUAGCAUUACUCAAACCUCCAUUCAAGCUCCUCCCAUGCCAUCUCCAGCUCCUCCCCAUCCUGCUCCAACUCCACCCAAGCUCUCUCAAGUUCUACCCCAAUCCUCUCCAGUUCUGCCCCAGCCCUCUCCAGCUCCACCCAAGCUUUCUCCAGUCCUACUCCAGUCCUCUCCAGUUCUGCCCCUGCCCUCUCCAGUACUGGCCCAAUCCUCUCCAGCUCCACCCCCACCGCCACCACCUCCUCCGCCACCCCCUCCUCCUGUCUGCUUCCAUCACUACUCAGGCCCACAUAUAUUUGCCAAAUACAGCACCAUCAACCGCCUGAAGAAUGCCUCUCAGGCUGCUAAGCCACACCCCCAAGCACAGCAGGUGCUUCCAGUACCAUCCCCUCAGCCUUUGAAGCCCCACAUCAACAAUAUUCCACCAGGAGCAAAUGCCCCACCCCCACCACCACCUCCUCCACCAGCACCUAUGCCUGCUCCAGGUUCAGCAAUGGCCGUCCUAAAACUUGGCCCUCCAAGCCCAGCCACUGUGCCUCAGUUCAUGCCACCACCCCCACCUUCUCCACCACUGCCAUCUCCACCUCCACCACCAACCCAGUCCCACCCUCUUCCUCCACCUCCACCUCCAGCAGCUAUCCAAUCCCACUCUUUUCCCCCACCUCCAGCACCUGUCCAAUCCCACUCUUUUCCCCCACCCCCACCUCCAGCAACUAUCCAAUCCCACCUUUUUCCCCCACCUCCAGAACCUAUCCAGUGUCAAGCUUUACCCCCACCACCACCUCCAGCACCUAUUCAAUCCCACCCCCUUGCUCCACCUCCACUACCUAUCCAGUCCCAGCCUUUUCCUCCACCUCCACCUAUCCAGUCUCAAAGUCUUCCAUCUCCACCACCAUCCCCCUUCCGAUCUGAUGCUUUUCCCCCUCCGCCACCUCCACUGCAAACCAACAGCCUGCCUCCUCCACCCCCGGCACAACCAGCCCCACCUCCAUUAACUUCCAAUGGCCUCAAACACAUUCUAGCCCAGAAGUUCCCCAGCAUACCCAGGGAUGUAUCCCCUUCAGGCAGUCAAACUCAGUCGCCACCACCCCCUCCACCUCCUCCACCACCACCACCCCCCACUCCUCCUGCCCCUCCUCUCCCACCUCAGCAGCUUCCUUCUCUAGCACCACCUCCACCUCCCCCUCCUCCACCUCCCCCACCACCUGCCCCAGGGCCACCUCGAGCGUUGCCCAAAAUCUUUCCUGGAGCAUUUCCACCUCAAACUGCACCAAAACCAUCAGGCGUCACCAUGCAAGUGUCUCCAGUUGCACCUCUUUUUCCAGGUCCUCCUCCACCUCCUCCACCUCCACCACCACCUCCACCCCCUCCUGCACCAGUGAAAUCUCAUCCACCACCUACACUACCCAAGCAGCAGAGCAUCACCAAGACGAUGCCCCCUUUGAACCAGACCUCUACUACAUCAUCUUUGGUCAAACAGCUUGCCAGCCAGUUUCCAGGUGCCGUUCCCUUAGUGGCCAACCAUGUAGAAACUCACAAACCUCCACUAUCAGCACCUGCAGUUAAAACUAAACCAAAAUGGCAACCUGGUGGACAAGUUCAGCAGCAACAGCGGUCACCUGAGUUUCCACCACCACCUCCGGAUACUACACUCUCUUUCCCAGCACCACCACCCCCAUGUCCACCUCCUCCACCUCCCCCAGGUCCAGCACCACCACCUCCACCUCCACUGCCCCCUUCACAUCUAAGUUCUCCAAUGAAGGCCCCCUCUGGAUCCUAUGGCGGAAACAAGAAGCCUCCCCCGACCCCUCUACGCAACUCUAGUGUCAAGUUCAACUCUUCAGCCGAAUACCAGGAGUCCCGCCAAAAUCUAGUGAGCAAGUUCAACCCCAGCACAGCUUCUACUGCUUCCGUGUCUUCUGGUUCUCCUUCGAAGGAUUAUUUUACUGGACCACCUGCACCACCUAAACCUGGCAAACUGAACCUGGCCAAUCUACCACUGGCUUUGCAGAACAGAGUGGGUCAAAACCAGCAGCCCAGCACACAUUUUCCCUCCCAUGCUCCAACUGAGAAUAACAGCUUUCCUCCUCCCCCUCCUCCUCCUCCUCCUCCUCCACAUAUAUCAGAUCUCCCACCUCCACCGCCCCUACCAGGCACCCCAAAAGUUGCUGUGGUGAACCCCCAGCCCCAGCCUACAUGGAGCAAGAACUCCCUGAAGAAGACAGCACCUCCUACGUCACUGCGCCGCAACAAUACAAAUCCAGAGCCUCCAUCAGUAUCUCCACCUCUUCAGGGAGGGCCCGCACCUUCAACCUCUACAAAGGGAAGCACUCAGCCAAACUUUCUAGAGGACUUGAACCGGACUCUAAGGCGCAAGUCUUUGCGAAACUCUGCAGCCAAGUUGGACCCUGUGGCCACCAUGGAUGACAUGGUACUGCCUCCACCUCCUCCAGAGCUUCUUGACCAGCAAAGACAUAGUGGGAGUGGGUAUAUAUCCAGCAACAUCUCUGGCUAUGCAACAAUAAGGCGAGGCCCACCUCCUGCCCCACCUAAACGGGACAACGGCACCAAACUGACAAACUGAGAGUACUGGAAUGUCCUUGGAUGCUCCUUAUUGACCCCUCAUACAGGAAUGUGGAUAAAUAGCAAUCUGUAUAACUGGCUUUUAAACCAUUUUUGACUUUGUGGACAAGCGAUCAAAAUUACUCUCAGCUUUAAUAUGCACUGGUGCACUCAGUAUCAAAUUCAAUUUCAAACUACAACAUGAAGGAAAUCGCUGCAACAUACUGGUACUGCAUGGACAUAAGGGCAAAAUUCUAUGAAUCAUACAAAAGCUGGUUUGAUUUUGGGUGGCUGAAUGUCAGAAACUAUAGGGAACUCACAGGAAGGAUGAACUUUGCCUUUGUUUUUUAUAUGAAUUUAUUUAAAUAUAUGAAGACAUUUUUUAUUUUAGGAUGAAGUUGUUAAGGGUUGAAGAUGAUUGUUUGAGAGAGUAGUAAAUGUUGUGUUUUUGUACCGAGGCCUGGCACUUCCUGUUUGCCUGCAAGAGACAGUGAUCGAAUAUACUGGUGAAUGUGCUUAGCGUUCUUUAGGGGUGCUUGGGAAUUUUCAAGAAUGUUUGUGUAACCUCUUUCAGUGAUGAUGAGUGUCGAUUUUUUCAGAAAACAGUGCAUAAAAUGAUUCACGCUAUUUAAAUCUAGGUAACAGUUGAGACAAAUUCUUUGGGAAAAGAUUUGGGAAAUAUUUAAUAAGGGACAUUUCAUCAAAAUAAGCCUGUCACCUAAAUGAAGAGGAAUGAAGAGACUUGUCAUGAUUGCUCCGAGAAUUCUGUGCGAAAAUUGUGCUGAACCUGUCUGACUUACCUACACAAUUCACAACGAUUCAGUAUUUUACUGUACAAUAUCGCCUGCUGUAAUUGUCUGUUUCUGAUCAUGCUGUCUUAUGCCAAGAAUUCCGGCAUCCUGGUAACAGUUGUUCAUAUAUCAUGGACUUCGAGUGGCUUGGUGUGUGUAGCUCAUGUCCUGCGACUUGGGAACAAUGUCCUACCUGAUGGUUACUUAUGGUCUCAUCCUUUAGCAGGGAGCAGUCAAUGAACAGUCCUUCUUGUAUAGGCAUGUCAAAAUUGUUUUAAUGUUUUGGUUAAAUUACCAGUGAGAUUUUUUUUUUUCAACAGUCCUUAUUACAACUUAUUAACAGUCCUUAAUACAACCCUACUGAAAUUAUGAAGAUCAGAGCUGGUUAACAACAUGAAAUCAGACCACACAAUAGCUGUAACCGAGCAGCAAAAUGACCAUGCCAUAUAUGUAUAAACAUGUGUAUUACCUUACAGAACCAUGUAUUCCUCUUGGAAGGACAUCUGUGUUUUGGAAGACUGAAUAUUCAACAAUAUAAUGUUUCUUUUUAAGGAUUUUGAUGAUGUAAACAUUAAAUUAUUAAAGUUAAUUAUCCAGUCUUAAACCAUG